AAAUAAGUAAAGAUGGGUGUGGUGGUGGCAUUACUAUUAUGCUACACUUCUAUUACUAGUGCAUCUACUACCUUGAUGAAAGCAGAGGAGAAACAUGCUUUGCUUCAAACCAACUGGUGGAAUCUUAGUAUUACUCCCUACAAAUUCUCUGACCCUUGUGAUUGGCCAGAGAUAUAUUGCAAUGAGUUUGGAAGCGUUGUUGAGAUGUAUUCACCCCAAAUCACUUCACAGCACCCUCGACUAGUAGAUCUCAACUUGACAGCAUUUUCUUAUUUAGAAGAACUUAAGCUUUCAGGAAUGGGUUUGACAGGCAUGAUACCAGUUCAAAUUGGAGCUCUUCAACAUCUCAGUUAUUUGGACUUGUCUCAUAAUAACCUUAUUGGUAUUAUUCCAAUUCAAAUAGGAGCUCUUCAAAAUCUCUGGCAUUUGGAUUUGUUUCAUAACAAUUUUACUGGUACUAUUCCAAUUCAGUUGGAAGCUUAUCUUCAACGUGUUAAUUAUCUCAACUUGUCUAACAACAAUAUUACAUGGGAGACAGCAGGGAAUCAAAAGCGUGCACUGCUUCAGAGCAAGUGGUGGAAUAUUAGCGAUAGUGGAUCCAACUACCACUAUUGUGAAUGGGACGGCAUAUCCUGUGACAACUUUGAAAAUGUUGUCAAAAUUAAACAACCAAGAAUCCAUUUAGAGCGGCCUCGGCUGACAGAUCUCAACUUCACUGCAUUUCAAGAACUAGAAUAUUUGAUUCUUCGUGGAAUGGGGCUAACAGGUAUUGUUCCAUCUCAAAUAGGAGCUCUUCAAAAUCUCAUCUAUUUGGACUUGUCUCAUAACAACCUUACUGGUAACAUUUCAACUCAGAUAACAGCUCUUCAACAUCUUCGCUAUCUAAACUUGUCUGAUAACAAUAUUAGAAUGGAGACGGUAGAGAAUCAGAAGCGUGCACUACUUCAUAGCAAAUGGUGGAACAUUAGUGAUAGUGGCUCCAACGACCAUUAUUGUGACUGGGAUGGCAUAUUUUGCGAUGUCUUUGGAAGAGUUACUGAAAUUAACCAACCAAGAAUCCGUUCACGCCAACCCCGGCUAACAGACCUCAACUUCAUUGCAUUUCAAGAACUAGAAUAUUUGAAUCUUCAUGGAAUGGGGUUAACAGGUUAUAUCCCUUCUUCAAUUUUCAAUCUGACAAACCUAGAAGAGUUUGAUGUUUCUCAAAAUCAAAUAAUUGGUGGCAUACCAACAGAGUUUGGAAAUUUCCAUUCUCUUACUCGUCUUAAUCUCUCCCGCAAUAAGCUAACUGGAAAGGUUCCUUACCUUAAGAACCGUUUCUAUUUUCACGUUGAUUUGAGUCACAACAAAAUUAAUGGAGAAUUACCAUCAGAAAUAUGCACUUUCCCAUCAAAUUGUAGCAUUGAUUUGAGCUACAAUAAUAUCACUGGUAUUAUACCAAGAGAACUUGGUAUGUAUGCAUGCAUCAACUUAUCAUAUAAUAUUUUGAGUGGAUAUGUUCCAAGAGAAGUCUAUAGCUCUUUUCCUCCAGAUGUUUUCAUUGGCAAUAAAGGAAUACUUGGUUUAGAAAAGAUCCGUGAUUCUUCCAAAGGUCUGAAGAUCAUUAUUCCUUUGUCAAUAUUUAUUUCCAUCAUAUUAUUUGUGGGUUUGGUCUUGAUUGUAUCAUUAAAAAAGAAUAGGAAAUCCAAGAUUGAGUCGAGUGAAACAAAAAAAGGAGAUUUGUUUUCAAUAUGGAAUUUUGAUGGUAAAAUUGCAUAUGAAGAUAUCAUUAAAGCAACAAAGGACUUUGACAUUAGAUAUUGCAUUGGAACUGGUGCCUAUGGAAGUGUUUAUAGGACAAAACUUCCAAGUGGCAAAAUUGUAGCUGUGAAAAAACUUCAUGGAAGAGAAUAUGAAAACCCAACUUUUUCAAAGAGUUUUCACAAUGAAGUGAAAAUGCUAACUGAAAUUCGACAUCGCAGUAUUGUAAAGCUUCAUGGCUUUUGUUUGCAUAAUCAAUGCAUGUUUCUUAUCUAUGAAUACAUGGAAAGAGGAAGCCUUUUGUAUGUUUUGAACCAUGAUGAUGAAGCUAAAGAGUUGGAUUGGAGCAAGAGAGUGAAUGCCAUAAGGAGGAUAGCAAAUGCCUUGUUCUACAUGCAUCAUGAUUGUGCUCCCCCAAUUAUCCAUCGAGACAUAACAAGUAGUAAUAUACUGUUGAACUCAAAGAUGGAGGCUUUUAUAUCUGACUUUGGCACAGCAAGAAUCAUUGAUCCAAAUUCAUCAAACCAAACUCUUUUAGUUGGUACUUAUGGUUAUGUUGCUCCAGAGCUUGCAUACACCUUAGUCGUGUCUGAAAAAUGUGAUGUGUAUAGUUUUGGAGUGGUGACAUUGGAAACAAUCAUUGGUAAACAUCCUGGAGAUUUAAUAUCAUCUAUGUCAAAGGCUGAAAGCAUUUUGUUAAAAGAUGUAGUGGACACACGUCUCCCACUACCAUCAAGACAAGAUGCAAGAGAUGUGAUUCUUUUGGUCACAAUAGCAAUAGCAUGCUUGAAUCCAUCUCCCAAAUCUCGACCAACAAUGCAGCAAGUGACUCAAAGGCUAUUAUUGUCCAAGUUGGAAUCAUUAGCUAUUCCUUUCAAUGAUAUCUCAAUUCAGCAUCUAGUGAAUCAAGAUAUACAAAUAAUCUAGUCUUGUGAAAUGCUAGGGCAUUUGGCUCUCUAUUUGCUUGGUACCUUUGAUUAAACUUUUAAGGACUAGCCUCAAAGUCUAGAAUUGAAGUAUGCCUUAUGUUUAAUUUCUUGUAGCUGAUAUUUCUCUAUAAACCAAAACCUCAACCCUUUUGAGGUUUCGCCAAACCACCCCUCGUGUACAUGUCCACAUUCCCCCCCAACCCCCCAAAAAACUUAUGUGUAGUGUUUUGUGUGUAUAUUUGGUGAUAGG